GGGAAGUUGGGGAAAAUGGACAGGGUCGUGUUGGGGUGGAUCGCUCUCUUCUGGUUAACAGACCUGAGGAGUCUUGGCUUCUGACCUUGUCUUGGCUCCAUGAUCAGCACUUCUUAUGCAUGUAUGUUUAUUCUGAGUUGAGAGUCCAACGAGGCCACUGAGGAAAUUGGGCAAAGAGCACAGCUUAAGAUCAGUCGGCGUCUCCAAACACUGCUUGCCAAUAUUGUCAUCUGUGCUGUUCAGGCCAAAGAUACACAAGGCAGAGGAACCUAGUCACAUUGCUUUAGCCAUGGCUGAAGGCCUUCAGGUCACAGUGCCCGAUAAGAAGAAGGUGGCCAUGCUCUUCCAACCCACUGUGCUUCGCUGCCAUUUCUCCACAUCCUCCCACCAGCCUGCGGUGGUGCAGUGGAAGUUCAAGUCCUACUGUCAGGAUCGCAUGGGGGAAUCCUUGGGCAUGUCAUCCACCCGGAUCCAAUCUCUCAGCAAGAGAAACUUGGAAUGGGACCCUUACUUGGACUGUUUAGACAGCAGAAGGACUGUUCGAGUGGUGGCUUCAAAACAGGGCUCGACUGUCACUCUGGGAGAAUUCUACAGGGGCAGAGAGAUCACAAUUGUUCAUGAUGCAGAUCUUCAGAUUGGAAAACUCAUGUGGGGAGACAGUGGCCUUUAUUACUGUAUCAUCACCACCCCCGAUGACCUGGAGGGCAAAAAUGAAGAUUCUGUGGAGCUGCUGGUAUUGGGCAGGACAGGGCUGCUUGCUGAUCUCUUGCCCAGUUUUGCUGUGGAGAUUAUGCCAGAGUGGGUGUUUGUCGGCCUGGUGCUCCUGGGAGUCUUCCUGUUCUUUGUGCUGGUGGGGAUCUGCUGGUGCCAGUGCUGCCCACACAGCUGCUGCUGCUACGUCCGCUGCCCGUGCUGCCCAGAAACGUGCUGCUGCCCUCAGGCCUUGUAUGAAGCAGGGAAAGCAGCCAAGGCCGGGUGCCCUCCCUCUGUCUCCGGUGUCCCUGGGCCCUACUCCAUCCCCUCUGUCCCUUUGGGAGGAGCCCCCUCAUCUGGCAUGCUGACGGACAAGCCGCAUCCACCUCCCUUGGCACCAAGUGACUCCACUGGAGGAAGCCACAGUGUUCGCAAAGGUUACCGGAUCCAAGCUGACAAAGAGAGAGACUCCAUGAAGGUCCUGUACUAUGUGGAGAAGGAGCUGGCUCAGUUCGAUCCAGCCAGAAGGAUGAGAGGCAGAUAUAACAACACCAUCUCGGAACUCAGCUCCCUGCACGAGGAUGACAGCAAUUUCCGUCAGUCUUACCAUCAGAUGCGAAGCAAGCAGUUUCCUAUGUCCGGGGACUUGGAGAGCAAUCCUGACUACUGGUCAGGUGUCAUGGGAGGCAGCAGUGGGGCGAACAGGGGGCCGGCAGCCCUGGAGUAUACCAAAGAGGAUCGGGAGAGCUUCAGGCACAGCCAGCAACGCUGCAAGUCGGAGAUGCUGUCCAGGAAGAACUUUGCCACCGGGGUUCCGGCCGUGUCCAUGGACGAGCUGGCGGCCUUCGCCGACUCGUACGGCCAGCGGCCCCGCCGCGCCAACGGCGGCCACGAGGGUCCCCGGGCCGGCGGUGGCGGCGGCGGCGGCCGCUUCGAGCGCUCCGAGUCCCGGGCGCACGGCGGCUUCUACGCCGACGGCUCGGCGGACGAGUACUACGCGCCGCGCAGCCGCAGCCGCAGCCGCGAGCCGCUGACGGACGGCUGGACGUACGGCGGCCCCAGCCCCCCGCGCCGGCGCCCGGCCGACGACGCGCCGCUGCCGCGCCUGGUGAGCCGCACGCCGGGCCCGGCGCCCAAGUACGAGCGCGCGCGCGGCGGCAGCCUGGACACGCCGGCCCGGCGCGGCGCCCGCUACUACGCCUGGUCGCCGCCCGACGCCUACGAGGCGGCCGCGUCCCACGCCCGCGGCGGAGGCGGCGGCGGCGGCGGUGGCAGCGACGACGACGACGACGACGACGACGACGACGACGACGACGGCGGGGACGCGGCCGACGACACGCUGCCGCCCUACAGCGAGCUCGAGCUGAGCCGGGGCCCGUCCUACCGCAGCCGCGACCUGCCCUACCACAGCAACUCGGAGAAGAGGAGGAAAAAGGAGCCCGCCAAGAAAACCAGUGACUUUCCAACCAGGAUGUCCCUUGUGGUCUGAUGUUUUCAAGACACCUCUCUGGAUGACCAGAAAUAAGACAUAUAGACUCCAGGGACAAGACACAAAUCUGUGAGCCAGCAGGCCCCAGGACCUUCUUGGAAGAUUUGCUGAUCUCUGCUUUGGCAAGGGUUAGCAGGCAUCCUUUAAGGGAGACAGAUUCCAAACCCCAGUGCCCAUCUAGCUAGCUUGGGAAAGUUAGCAAGAAAACAGUGAUGUAUGACAACAUCCCACAUAAUGAGUUCCAAUCCACAGAGUUUAUCCUGCCCCACUUCAAGACUAUAUCCAGUCCUGAAAGAGAGAGAGUCCUGGACCGCUGGUCUCCAGAAAUUGCCCCUGCGUACAGUGUACAUCUCUGUAUGUUCUAUGCUAUGUUUGGAGGCAGAGGAUUUAGUUGCUAUGAGUAGAAGGCUUUCUGCUGACACAGGAAGAUCACAUUAAGGCAAAAUGUACCUUUUCUUCCCAUCACUUCCUGAUCACAAGUUAGUGACUGUUGCUACGCUAAAAUCAGUGAGCUGACUAUAUGGUGACCUCUUGGACAAUCAGAGAAAUGACUUCAGUCUGCUGCUCAGAAUCACAAUGCUUGAGUGGCUGAUACAAACAGAAUAUAGCAUUUUGAAAAGAUGUCUACAUGGUCUUUUUUUUUUUUUUGUCAUCCCAAGGACAUCAACUGGUUUUUCUCUUGUUGCUGCACACAGCACCAUCUGAGCCUUGAACUGUAAGGGCUCUUUUUCUUCCUCUUCUCUCCUGGACUGUCCAUGGGCUGUUGCUGCCACACACAGAAGUCCACCUCCCUCUAUACUCUGAUUUAGGGUGUCAUCAGGUGCCUUUGACCGAUGUUUAAAAUACACAAAAGAGAAGAAGAAGAGGAAGAGAAAAUACCAGAUAAAGAAUAUGAAAGGUUUAAUACACAGUCUCAAGUAUAUUUUAUAUGGGUCAUUAUCCCCGCAAAAACCACUCAGUCUUUACUAUUUCAUAUUUCAUUUACCAAGGACUAUUUCUGCCAUCCUGGUUCUGGCCUGCUAUUAGAGAUACUUUUGGGAGGUGAAAGAUGUUUCUUUCCUCAGCAAAGAGCAUUUCCUGUUCUACUGUGCUCUGGAUGAGAGGUUUCACCUAAAUCCCAAAGCAAAGAACUUUCUGGAUUAUGUAAUAUGUGCAGUUGGCAAGAGUGGCCACAGAUCCCUUCCUCAUUAAGAGCUGCACUGUUUUAUUUUCACCCCUUUACUCUAGAGUGGCCAUGUGAUUUGAUUUGGCCAAUGGCCCAACAGCAAAUGUGACACAGAGAAGCAAUAUGAUCCUGUGCAUAGAGCUUGUCCUCUAGCUCCUCACAGGACCCUUGCAACUGCAACCAUUUACACACCUGGACGACCCUGCUACAUGAGGAGAGAAAAGAACUUGGUUACCCUUGCCACUAUAUGUGACAGUUCAUCAACUCUCAGCAAGCACAGGCACAUCCAGCCAAGACCAACAAAAGAGCUGCCUAGCUGAGCCUCACCCAAACUGUGGAUUCCUACUUGAAGCAUGAGAAGUUUGACACACCCGUGUGUUCAUUUCUCUUCAAGGACAAAUAAACUCACCAGAAUGUUCAGCCAAAAAUUCCUUACACCACCCAACCUUAGGUGUCUCACAGCCUCUGCUUUCCCUAUAGACUCAUCACAGCUUUCACUCUUGUUAUGGAGAGAUGUGAUAGGGUCAAAUCACUGAAGGAGGAUGAUGCUUAUAUGUUCCAAACCAUGGUCCAUUCUCUACCUGUGGUUCUGUGUAUACUCUGACAAGGGUUUGAUCAACAUGUUGAUAUCCAGAACCACUUGACUGGAGUUCCAAAGUACCAGUCUAUGAGCAUCCAUUGUACUUCAUGGCAUUUCCAAAAUAAUAAUAAGCCCUACAUAUACAGUGUUGGAAGGAAGUCACUGAGUGAGGGUUGAGGGGAUGAGGAGCUGGUAUCAAUGGCUGGAGGAGUAUAGACUUGCCAAAAGACUGCACAGUUGCUUUGGCCUGCCCUAGAUGAACCAGGAGAACAGCCCAGUGCUGGCACUUCCAAGGGCUGGAAGACACAAGCCAUAACCCUGGUGCUGAGUUUUAGAUUAGCUAGUGUCCCUGGCCUCGGAAAGCCUAGGUCUGGUCUGUCUGGGCACCCAUCCAAUAUGAUAAAAACAUAAUUUCUUAAUCACCAGCUUUGGAUUUUAACUUGCUCAGGCAAUGUUGAAGAAUACUGGAUAGCUGUGGCAGUAGUUGUUUUAGACUGAGCACUGUGUCAGGCUUCUCACCACCAAAGAACCCCAUAGCACCAGCUGCAGGGACCAAAUACAUUGCUUUUUAAGGUCAGGGACAUGUAUGAUCUUGGUGAAGGUUGAAAUCAUUACAGAAGAAUUAUGAAAACUGGAAAGCUGCAGUUCUAAAGCCAACAAAACAAAGGCAAACCAUUAAAAAUGAUCAGUGCAAAGAGAGCAGCUAUUAAAAUAAUCUGGGAGGGGUGCUGAGGAGGACCAGGUUAUCUAUAGGGCUGCAUGAAUCACUUAGACCUCCAGACCUUCAAUAGAGAGCAAAGGCAAUUGCUCUGGGUAUGUGGGUAGGAGAUAAGGCUAAAUAGUCAAGGCAGAGCUGGCUAUCCUCUGUGCCCCGGGCUUUUCUCUGCAUGUCCCUUUGUUUCUUCUCUGAAUAGUAUGCCCUGCAUAGGAAGUGCCUAUACAUGUUAGCUUCCUAUUUCACCACUGGGGUAUAAAGUAAGUCUUGUGUAAAGUGUGGUCUGUGUCCAUUGGGACAAUACAAUUGACUAGGGAAAGGAAGAUGUGCCCUUCCCACCAAAAGAACGAGAUUGUAUGCAUAUGAUACGAAAUAGUGCUAUAGAUAAAUUACAAUAAACCCAGAGAUGAAAAGUUUAAA